AAAAGGAGAAAAAAAAAGUGGGGAUUUGUUCUCCGUCCCACCCAAGCAGCAGCGAUAGAAUUCCUCCCUUCUGGUCGUCACCCCCAAAACCGCCGCACGACCUCCAGACGGACCUUUUGAUCGAUCCAUCUGCCUCCGUCUUCAAUCAGUGAUUAUUGAGGAAUUCAUAGUCGGAAUGGCCACUGUGGUUGCUGGUGGUGGUAGUUAUCUCAACUCGACAAUAGAAACAGGGAACAGGAACAAGAGAAAGUUCCGAGCAGAACCACCCCAAGCAGACCCGAGCACACUUAGGAGUGCACCGCAGUCAGAGUUUCCCAAUCACGAUUUGUUUUCUGCGGAGAGAUCCGGUGAGCUAGCCUAUCACCAUCAUCACGCAGGUAUCUGUGAAAUGUGUAGGACUCAUUCGGUUGCUCAGCAAGCGGGGCUGGAGUUGGAUGGAUUCCAGGACAUUGAUUGGAGUUGCAUCACAGAAUCCCAGCUUGAGGAGAUCUUGUUGACUAAUUUGGAUACUGUCUUUGAGACUGCAAUCAAGAUGAUUAUCUCUCAUGGGUAUACUGAGGAAGUUGCAACUAAUGCUGUGUUGAAGUCAGGGUUUUGCUAUGGGUAUAAAGAUACUGUAUCUACUAUUGUGGAAAAUGCGUUGGCAUUUUUAAAGAGUGGCCAAGAGCUGGAUUCUUCUCCUACAGGGAAUGCUUCAAAACAUCUAAGACAUUUAGAGAAGCUUGUAUUGGCUGAUAUGAUUCGUGUGCUUAAGGAUGUACGACCAUUCUUUAGUACAGGUGAUGCAAUGUGGUGCUUGCUGAUGUGUGAUGCAAAUAUAUUGGAUGCUUGUGCGAUGGAUGACAAUUCAUCAGAUGUUGUUGAAAAUGACUCGAGUGCUUCUAAAUCUCAGUCAGAAUCAGGGUCAAUAUUUAGAAAUACUACAUCCAUAGCUCCUGAAAUAAAAGAUCAAAGACAUAAGAAGUUACUUGAUAUCUUACCUUCUCCCAGAAACAUUCAGCAAUCAGAAACUUCAAAAGUGGCAGUGAUUCCAAGUCUUGAAUUGGGAAAAUCCUCUUCCUCAAAUGAGAAUGGCAUGAUUUCAACACCUGAAGAACUGAAGGAAAGCAUGAUUUCUUUAUCUAAUCAUAUUGAAGAAUCUUUAGUUUCUCAAUCUUCCCAAGAUGAAAAGUCAGUUAGCAGUAUAAAGGUUCAUGUGAAUAGUUCCAAAAAAGAAUUUCUUGUGCGACAAAAUUCAAUUCAUUUUGAGAAAAGCUAUCAUGCAUUGGGAUCUAAAGCAGUUAUCAGAGCAUGCAAACAAAGUGGAUUAGGAAACUUAAUCUUUGAUAGAAAACACAAUCCAAUUUCUGGUUCUGCCAGCAUAAAUUUGACGAGCUCAUUAAACAUUGCAGAAGUGCCAAGAGUAGAAAAUUCUUUGUCAGAUGCUAAACUUAAUCUUUCCAUUGCUCAUGGACACUCUCCUAGUCCAACAUGCAGUGACAAAGAAGCUACAAGUCAAUCACUAAAACCUACUACUAACACUGAACUUACAUUGUCACUACCGUCUGGGAGUAGUAACAGUCUUAGUAUUACACCAGAAUGUAAUUCUGACACUCCAAAAUACAGCAGUAGGGCUGUAAGCCAUUCAUGUAUGACAUGCAGCAAUUGUGUUCCGGAGGACAAAAAGGACGAGAUGUUGCUCCUAUUGGUUCCCCUAAUGCAUGAACUCCAGGCACAGUUGCAGGACUGGACUGAUUGGGCCCAGCAAAAGGUGAUGCAGGCGGCGCGAAGGCUUAGCAAGGAUAAAGCUGAACUCCAAUCCUUGAGACGGGAAAAAGAAGAGGUGGCACGGCUACAAAAAGAGAGGCAUGCUUUAGUGGACAAUACCAAGAAGAAGCUUGCUGAGAUGGAACUUGCAAUAUCCAAAGCAAGUGUGCAGGUUGAAAGGGCUAAUGCUGCUGCCCAUAGGCUUGAAUAUGAAAACACUCAGCUAAGGUUGGGAAUGGAAGCUGCAAAAAUGCGUGCUGCAGAAUCAGCAGCAAAUUGUCAAGAAGCUUCAAGAAGGGAGAUUAAAACACUCAAAAUGUUCCAGACAUGUGAGAAACAGCAGCUUUUGUUUCAAGAGGAGCUCGCAACUGAAAAACAUCAGCUGUUUCAGCUGCAGCAGCAACUUGAACAGACUGAGGAUCUUCGGGAUCAAUCGUUGGCAAGGUUGAAACAAGAAGAGAAAUUAAAAAACGAGGCACUUGCAGUGGCUCAAGCUGAAAGGAAAGAAAGGGAGCAAAUAGAGACUUCAACAAAGUCAGUGGAAAAUGCAUUAAGAUUAGAAGCUGAAAACGACCUGCGUAGGUGUAAAAAUGAAAUCUGCAGGCUUGAACAGCAGAUUGCACAAUUGCAGCUUGUCAAAGACUCUUCAAACAUUGCUCAUCUACAGUGGGGAGCAGACAAAAGCUAUGCCUCCCGUCUCUCCCAUGGUCAGAAAAACAUCAAGACCUACAUGUUGUCUACAAUUAUCGACUUGCAGGAAUCAGAAACAGAUGAGCUCCAGCGUGAAUGGGAAUGUGUGAUGUGCCUAUCGGAGGAGAGGUCCGUUGUUUUCCUUCCCUGUGCUCACCAAGUUUUGUGUGUAAAAUGCAAUGAACUUCACGAGAAGGAAGGCGUGAAGGAUUGUCCUUCAUGCAGGACCCCAAUUCACCGCAGAGUAUUGAUUCGCCCCUUGGCCUGAGUAUUAGCUCCAAUAUGUUUUACUUUGAGCUAAUGUUUCAGAAUAAAAACUGUGGCUUGGAAAUGAAUAAGUCAUGAUGAACAAUUUAUGUUGGACAUGAAGUGACUUUACCACGAGUUACCCCCUCCAUGAAGUUCACAUCAAACACCAAUCUCCGUCGGGAUGGUGUGUUUCAUUCCCAGACUUUCUUACCUUCAACCUAUCUUCUUAGGGUCAGGGAGCAAACUGUACGAGGAUUUUAAGUAUUUAUUGUUGUUUAGAAGUUCACCUUCUUGCUAAAAUAUAAUAGAUCGACUUAUUUAAUUA